AUGGGUCACCACUAUUGUUGCAAACAAAGAAAGGUUAAGAGAGGGCUUUGGUCCCCUGAGGAAGAUGAAAAGCUCGUUAGAUACAUCACCACAUAUGGUCAUGGCUGUUGGAGAAAAGUUCCUGAGCAAGCUGGGCUUCAAAGGUGCGGUAAGAGCUGUCGCUUGAGAUGGCUCAAUUACUUGAGGCCUGAUAUCAAAAGAGGAGGGUUUACACCAGAGGAGGAGAAAUUGAUUAUUAGACUUCAUGGGGUUGUAGGAAACAGAUGGACGCAUAUAGCAAAAUGCCUACCCGGAAGAACCGACAAUGAGAUAAAGAACUACUGGAAUUCAUGGAUUAAAAAGAAGCUAGAAAAGCCUUCUUCACCACCAACCACAUCUCCUUCAAAUCUUGAUCAUCAGCACAAUUAUCAAAUGGGUUGCAGUUAUCCAAACCAACAAGUUUUUAUGAACCAAAAUUUUAUUACAAAACCUACAGCAGCUAGGGAUCAAAUCCUAUACCCUUCUCCAUACCCUCUAUUCAUGUUUGAUGCUGUUUCACUUGAUGAGACUACCAACAACAACACUAAUGUACAAUCAGCCGAUCAGCAUUUUCCACUUGCCAGGUCGAAUAAUUCGAACAACAACGGAACAUGGAUUUUGGAUCAGCAGCAACAGCAUCAAGUUCAAGCCUUUCCUUCUUCUACAGCACCAUUUACAAACAAUAAUAUGGAUGCACAGAUUCUACCAUCCCUCCUAGGGUCAAGCAUUGGAAACAAUAACAUGGUUCCUAUUGAAGUGGAGUCAUGUAGCAAUAUUGAUGAGGAAGAAGAGAUUUCAAUGGAGUGCUUGCAAAGUGCUACACAGGAGCUGAAUCCAUUGGUACAUUCCCGCCAGGCUCAACAGUGUUCAUCAAACAACUUUCAUUUUUGGGACAAUGUUGAAGGACCAACUUUAUCUAAUUUGAGAUCAGCUAAUAUAUUGUCUUCUUUCCCAUCAUAUCUAUAA